UCCAUUCAUUUUCGCAUAUUAAUUUCACAUCUGUUCCAUACCUUACCCUCUUCUUCUUCUCUCACCUUAUUUCCAUCUUCAUUCACUCAGUGCUUUCUCUGAUAUAUAUAGUACAAAAUGUUACUGAUUCCGUUAAUGUAAUUAGCACAAUUGCUAAUCUGAUUCUGACAACUUUGAGUCUCUAUGAUCAAUUUGUGCUGUCAAAUUGUUGUUCAGAGUUUAUGGAAGUUGUAGAGGAAAAAUCUUCAUCUGGGUAUGGAAAGCCUCCAUGGGUAUUUAAAGGCAGUGCUUGGUAUCAACUCCAUCUUGUGAAGGCAGAUAAAGCUCGAGCAUGCAUUCCAAAGGAAUUCAAAUUGGUUGAAGCUUUUGGAUACACUCUUGGUGGGUUCUUUCUAGCCAGUUAUGAGGACAGUCCAGUUGGUGUAUUUGAUGAGCUUGUUGUGAUUGCAGGACUUGUAUGGAACCGCCCAACAUCCUGCGCAUGGGCAACGAGGGUGUACGUGAACAACGAUGAGGCCUGUUAUCAUGGCAGAAAGGAGGUGGGGCUACCCAGUCAAAUGGCUAGGUUUUCCAAGGCAAAUACAGCAAUCUCAAGAGAACAGAGGGACAAAAAGAGUGAAUUUCUUAAUAGGAUUGGAAUUGGUGCCGUGUUCUCUACUCCUAAGGAUCCCAUGAAUGUUCAAGUAACCAAAAUCAGAUGUCUUGAUGCAGAAGACACUUGUAAUAUUAACAUCAGUCUCACCAGUCCUGCAGUCCCUGCUUUGGGCUUGGGCCAUUGGAUGGGCCCAACAAUCAGAAUGUCUCUUCCAAGUUUUAGUGGUGGUACAGAGUAUAAUCCUAACCUCCUCAAAUACUCUUGCAAGAUUGAAUGCAGGGUGCAAGCACUGAAGCCGUUGAAGGUUUCAGGACCAUUCCCCUCAACAAAUGAGGACACUGAGCAAUCUUUAGAAGAUUAUGGAGGCAGUAGCCAUGUGGCUAUAGAUCAUCAAAACAAUGCACAGAAUUUCAGCACUUGUGUGAUGUUAUCAAAACCCAUAUUAGCAAUAAAGUUUAGUGAAAUGAAGAUGCAAGUUGAAGCACCCGUUGUACUUUCCCAAUGUUCAAAUUCUUUGGAAACUACUGUCACUUCUUCUCCAUAGGCUGCAACGUAUUACAAUACAGAAAUCAUUAUUUGUUUUGAUUUUUUAUGCUUUCACACUUAUAUAUGAGUGUAAUUCCCUUGCCUAUU